GACCCCCGUGCCUCCAUGGGCAAACGCGGGCGGCCGCGCAAGGAGGCGCGCUGCGAGGGCUCGGGGCUGGUCCCCGUCGCGCCCCUGGCCAUGCCCCCGGCCGCGGCCGCGCCCCAGCCCCCGGAGCAGCCCGAGGAGCCGGCGGGGGCCAAGCCCCGGUGCCCCUUCUCGGACAUUUUCAACACGAGCGAGAACUCGAUGGAGAAGCACAUCAACACUUUUCUGCAGAACGUGCAGAUUCUGCUCGAGGCAGCCAGCUACCUGGAGCAGAUCGAGAAAGAAAACAAAAAGUGUGAACAUGGCUAUGCCUCAUCGUUCCCCUCCAUGCCGAGCCCCCGGCUACAGCAUUCAAAGCCCCCACGGAGGUUGAGCCGGGCACAGAAACACAGCAGUGGGAGCAGCACUACCAGCACUGCCAACAGAUCUACACACAAUGAGUUGGAAAAGAACCGACGAGCUCACCUGCGCCUGUGUUUAGAACGCUUGAAAGUUCUGAUCCCGCUGGGUCCAGACUGCACCAGGCACACAACACUCGGUUUGCUCAACAAAGCCAAAGCACACAUCAAGAAACUUGAAGAAGCUGAAAGGAAGAGCCAGCACCAGCUUGAGAACUUGGAACGAGAACAGAGAUUUCUAAAGCGGCGACUGGAACAGCUGCAGGGUCCUCAAGAGACAGAGCGGAUACGAAUGGACAGCAUUGGGUCGACUAUCUCUUCCGACCGCUCGGACUCAGAGCGAGAGGAGAUUGAAGUGGAUGUUGAAAGCACAGAGUUCUCCCAUGGAGAAGUGGACAAUAUAAGCACCACCAGCAUCAGUGACAUUGAUGACCACAGCAGCCUGCAGAGUAUUGGGAGUGACGAGGGUUACUCCAGUGCCAGUGUCAAACUCUCCUUCACGUCCUAGAGCCCAGCACGACAGCAGUGCAGGGCGACACACCCACCGGGCCAGUUCAGUACCGUCUCUUCAAUUGGGUUCAUGAUGCAGUCUCCUUCAAAACUAAACAAAACCAUACUUGAACAAAAGGGUCAGAAGACCUGUAUUUAAGCAAAUACUUAACAAAAAGUGGGGUCGAGCCACCCCAGUAGAACAAAUACUCAUAUAUCGGGAAGAAUGUGGCUCCUAACAGCAGCUGGAAGCCUGUAAUUAUCUGGAGUUGACUUAGUUGACUUCUAAGAGGACAGUGGAGAUUCCGUCUCCUUUCCUAGUUUGCUCACGCUGUGCUGAGUAGACACUGAAGGGUGGGGUUAUGAACCCUUCCUGAGCUUCUUGGCCCUAGAAACAAAAUCAGACUUAGAGUAAGGAAAAGACAGGAUAAUCAGGCAUUAAUCUUGGAUAGCUAAAGAGCUAUUAAAACUCAGUCUCAGUUUAUCAUGAAGCCUGUGGAUGAUCAAUUCUUUAAAAAAAAAAAAUGAAUUUUUAAAAAGCUCAUUUCGUGCUCUACAGAAGGAGAGACUCCCAUGAAGCCUUUCGAAAGAGAUCACCACGCAGCUCAGCUUUCUGUUGGAUUCCAUGCUAAGCCAGCUAACCUUACCUGCAUUGUUAGCACUAGGGCACCCAACCGCCCGCUCGCACCCUUCAGCAACAUAGGGGCAGCCCAUGCAUGACAGCUAUAUCACAGAAGAAAAAGCUCCAUGUGCCUCUGUGUCUGCGCCGAUCUGAAGAGUUGUGCACGCAGCAUAGCAGGCCAAGGUCUGAGCCACGGCAGCAUUUUUAUUUGAGAUUUUGAUAACUGUUUAUAUGUGUUGAAAACCAAAAUGGCAUCUUUUUAAAGCUUGUCCAUAAGUAAACAUAGAUGUCUUUUAUAGUGGAAAAAACACGUGGGGGAAAAAUCAUCUAUUUUGAUGCAGCAUUUGAUAACGAUAAAACACCUCACACCUCACUCUUUAUAGUGCACAGAAUGAAUGAGGUCUGGGCUGGGCAGACAAAGGUCAAUGCUGUUUUUGUUUUCUUUUAGGAUCAUUCCCCUUUACCAGCUUCUAACCAUCUGCUAUCCAUCUAGGCGUACUAUCAUAGUUAACAUAGUUAAGUUCAGCACUUGUCUCACUUACUGUAAGGUCUGCAUUUUCUGCAGGCGGUCUCCUUCCUCACGAACCCACUGUGCAGGUGCUACUGUUGCUCUUACCAAUCUUUUCAGAAAUGUUAUCCUCUAAGUGAACUUUCCAGCCUGCACUUUGAUGUCAUUCGUUCCCUUUGUCUUUCAAACUCUGAGGUUUCCCUCCGGGCCUCUGCUUGGCCCUGGGAAGCCUUUCUGGAGACCUUACCCCCAGCUGUUUGGACUUUGUAUUCUUUAAAUAAUUUAACUACCCUUAAUUACUUUUAAAAAAAAGCUUUAUGAUUUUCAUAACUUAUUGCUGAUUUUAAUGGGUUGAUAAUUUCAGUCCUGUAGUUUUAUUUUAUGUUUAGAUAGGGCUGGGCAAGGAAAAAGAAAAUAAAAACAACCAUAUUUAGCAGUGCA